AUGCUCAUUGAUUCAAAGAUCUCAGAGUCCCCGACGCCUACAAGGAGCCUGUCGGCAUCGACCGACGUGGAGCGGGCAUCGUCGACGGAGCUGGUGACUGACCCAUAUAACCUGCGAGAAGGCCUAAGGACCCAUUCACAACUGGAGGAAAUUCGACAUAGGAAAAAGGGCAAGGCGAUCGUGAAGUAUCAGAAUAAGCAGAAUGAUCUUAUCUCUUAUUUGCUGAAACCUAUGGAAAAGCACACUAUUGAAGCAAAGGACGAGGAGGACUCAGCACGACUUUUCGUCAAGAUAGCAGUAUGGGCAAGUCUGCUCUCGAAUCUCGCGCUGUGCGUCAUUCAGAUGUAUGCUGCUGUCUCGUCGCUUUCUUUGUCGCUUCUGGCUACCGGAAUAGACUCCGUGUUUGACAUUGGCAGCAAUAUUCUUCUGUUCUGGCUACAUCGGAAGGCCGAAAGGCUCGAUAGCAGUAAAUGGCCUGUAGGCGGUGCCCGGCUAGAAAACAUAGGGAAUAUCGUAUAUGCCGUGUCCGGGAAUUUUCUAACGCGGUGCAGAAUGGCUUGUGUAAAUCUUAUUGUUGUCGUGGAAGCCGUCCGGUCGCUUAUAUCACAGUCAAACGGUGAUUUGAAAGCGUUCCAUCUGCCUUCCAUUAUUGCAGUGGCCUCCGCCCUAGGCGUGAAGUUUCUGUUAUUUCUGUUAUGCUAUCCGUUCCGCCAGAACUCAAGCCAAGUACGAGUGCUCUGGGAAGACCACCGUAACGACUUGUGGAUUAAUACAUUUGGUAUUCUCAUGUCUACCGGCGGUAGCAAAUUAAGAUGGUACCUUGAUCCCAUGGGUGCCAUCAUCAUCGGACUUGGCAUCAUCAUUUCAUGGUCAAGAACAAUAUACGGGCAAUUCGAACUGUUAGCUGGAAAAUCAGCACCACGCGAGUUUCUGCAGCUGUUGAUAUACAAUUCGAUGACGUUCAACGAGGAUAUUCAGAAAAUAGAUACCGUCCGGGCGUAUCAUAGUGGCCCGGAUUAUUUCGUCGAGAUUGAUAUUGUCAUGGACGCGACAACCCCGUUGUACAAAGCACACGACGUUAGUCAACAACUGCAAGACAAGAUCGAGGAGCUGCCUGAUGUCGAAAGGGCUUUUGUCCACGUUGACUAUGAAACGACACAUACACCGGAACAUCGAAAGCAUUCAUGA